CUUACAGGCGGCACCAAGACAGGGCAUCAGCAGGCAGCCGGAGAUCAUCGGCUGGCCCUGCUCACCCCUCGCCAGUCAUCACUUACUCAUUGACUUCCUGACUGAGUGACUCACUCACUCACUGAUUCCCUUUUUCUUCCUUCCGGCACAACCGGUUUUAUUCUCUGGCCUUUUUGGACGGACAGACAGACAGACGGCCGCUCGUCCUUCAAUCGAAAUCGAUGGAGGCCUGACAGCCGGCUUCACCAGCUUGUUCAUCAUCGUGAUCUUCUCGGAGGGUGGGUCAGCUGGCGCCGUCACGGGGGCCACCCAUCGUCGUGAGCAGGUACGGACGACACGUACACACAGGAAGCAUCAGGAAGCAUCGCCAUGAUGGGAACGGCGUGCUGGUGUUCAUUUCAGGUGCAGGCAGGGCAGGCAGGGCGGCCAUUCGCUAUAUAGUCUGUGGUGUCUAUGUCCCACCAUGGGUCAUGCAGCCACAAUCUACUACCUGAGCCAGACCUGCCCCUCAUAGCCACCUCCUCCCGCCCCCCACACCCGCCCCCCUUCGUCACCAAGCGCUCACGCAACGCCGGCCGGCCAGGCUACAUCGCUCUCUGCUCGCCCAAUGGGCUCAACAGCUGGCAGGACUGGCGCACCAAGCACGAGGAGCAGGGCAAGAGCGACAUCGCCAAUGACAACUUCUGCUUCCGCAAGGCGCAGCCCAACAGCGACUACUAUAGUGAAGAGGAAGGGUGCUGGAUCUUCCAGACCCGCCGAUCCAACCAGACGUGCAGCCUGCGGUGCCGCGUCCGCCUCCACGCCAAUUUUCCCUUCUUGGUGUGGACGUGCGGCGAGUGCCAUCUGUGCCGCGAGGGCGGGGGGAAGCGCCUCUCGUGCAACAGACGGAGGCUCUUCGGCAACGCGCUGAUUGACGACAACGGGGCCGCGAGGGCGCAGCGGAUUGUGUGUCUGUGUGGGCGGAUCUAUGACGGCAGCAAGUUCUACAAGGAGCACAUGAGCCUGUGGCACGACCCUGGGAUGAUCGCCACCAAGGGACCAGACCACAUGCUUGCCAGACUCGGUGAGUAAGACGGGCGGCACACAGGCACACAGACACACACAUACGCAGGGAGGGAGGGAGUAUUACCCUGAGCGUGUGUAUGUGCCGUAUUUGUGUUUGAUCACCGACAGAUAUCCUAAAGACCUAUGACAGCACCAAGGGCAGCGGCAAGAAGUACCUGGAGCUAUUCGAGAUCAAAGACGUCAGGCACCCUGGUCCGACACACAGUUCUCUGUGCUCUGCGGCAUCCAUCCAUCUUGCUUGCCUACAUGGUGCGUUGUGUUUUUGUGUAUCAGACUACAACACCACAUUGGACCCGAGCCACAUCAUUGGCUUUUUCGAGGACCCGGGACUCAUUCCCGAUGUGCGCCGGAAACACACACAGCACACCACACUCAGCACAGCUCAGCACAGCAGAGAGACGCUCUCACGCACUCUGUCUUCUUCUUUCCCCUUCGGUCACAGAUGCAGACGUCGUUGAUGUCGACGAUGCACCCCCUGCAACGGUCAGAGGCCUUCAACGCCUUCCUCGCACAGUACAACAGCAACAACCAACCACCAUCACGACAAGCCGCUGCCGCACGCGUCAGCAGUGGUGUCAGGGGGCCACCACAGACGGGCUACGCCUCCUCUCAGCCACCAUGCCCCCACUCCCACUCGCACCAGCACUGGUCGCAGCCCCCCUUCGCCCCUCUGCCCGCGCUGGCGCCCUCGACGCCAGACGGCCUUCACGGCAAGGACAUGAGCGAGCAGGGUGGCUCUGAGUGGUCCAGUGCGGCCGGGGGGGAGGGGGGCCGGGAAGGCGACCAGCAUGGAGGGGGGGGCGAUCAGAGCCCACUUCUUAAUGGUGGAGCGCUGCCUCACAGCCCUCGGGGCAGGGGCGUCAAGACGGAGCCUGGCGAGGCACACGCCACUGCUGCCGACGGCACCAAGGUCAGAUCAGAGAUCAGAGAUAAGAGACAACACGGCACCCAGCACCUAGCACCUAUCAUCCACUGGCUGUCUGUCUGUCUGUCUGUCUGUCUGUCUGCCCUUGUAGCAGAUGGACCAGUCGUCUCCGCCGACAUCGACGGUGUCGUCAGCCUUCACCCCGCCCCUCCACACGCAGCCCUACCCCUCCCACUACUCAAUGCGAUAUGCAUACCCCCACAACAGCCGGGUGUCCCGCCCAGGCAGCGACAGCAGCACCGUCCUCGGAUGUCCAGACAGCGAUAUGCUCGAGCCAAUGGCCAUCAUCGGCGGCGACUCGCAGACGGACUUCUUCGGCGGCGCGCGCGUCAAGGAGGAGCUGAUGGACGGCAGCGACGAUCAUGUGGUGGGCCUGGGCGGCCUUGGCGGCCGUGGGUUUGGAGGGAUGAGUCCGAUGGGCGAUGGGCUUCUUGACCCGGUGUGUGCCACGAGAAGAUGCUCACCCAGGGUAAGUAAGGAUUGGGAUGGUGGGAUUGAAGGAGGCAGCAAGCAGAGGUCCAUUGUGUGUGUAUGUGUGUAUGUGUGUGGUGUGUGUCAGUCGAGUUUUGCAGCCAUCAGCAGCAGCAGGAGCUGCACGACGUCGCCCGGUCCAGGGCCGGCCCUCACUUUGGUGCGGAUGCGCAAGGCCAACGGAGGCAAGACGCUCUCCCGUUACGUCCCCAAUACGACCACCAUCGGCGACCUUACAGACGACUACAACCCAUUCAGGCCACACGCCUGCAUUGUCAGGCCCUGCUUCGACACAACAGCCACAGCCACAGCCACAGCCACAGCCACAACCGCUACCACCAAAACCACCGCCAGCAACACAGCCAGCAGCAGCUCCGGCAGUGGGGGCGAAAGCGGUGAGGGCGGCGAGAGCAGCAGUGGCAGUGGCAGUGGCGGGGAGCAGGGCGUGCCGGGCCCCGCCUUCGCGUCCAACCCGAACAGGACGCUGCCGUGCCCCAUCGACCGCACCACCACUCUCCACCAGAUGUGUCGGCAUUACAGCCAGCCCGUGGAGGGACCCCUGACGCUCAUAUUCGACGAGGACGACACCGAGGGCUGGUGGCAUGGGGGCGAUAGGGGCGGCUUCCUGGGUGUGGGCGUGGGUGUGGGUGGCAUGGGAGGGCUGUAUGACCACCACGGUCUGCCGUCGCUGCACGGCGGGCUGGGUGGCCACCAUGACCUCAGUCAUCAUCCGUUUGGGGCGCUGCCGACCACCCCCAACUCUGAUCGGGGGCUCUUCGGCUGAUGACAUCGACUUGGGGUCGUUGCUCGUUUGUCGGUUUGUGUCUUGUGCGUGUGUGUCGUGUGCAUUUCACCUGGAUGUUAUGAUGUUGUGGAAGGAACUACUUGGAGUAAGGAACGAAGCGAGAGAGACCCUUGUACGUACUUGUGUGGUGCUCAUCCUUCCUCCCUUGGUGCUUUUCACAUGUCUGUGUGUGUGUGUCGUGUCAGUCAACAGUAGUAGAAUGAUGGAAUGUAUUGUGUGAUGUAUGUAUGUGUGUGUGGUGUGUGCGAGGGGGGGAGAGGGAGGGUGUCGUGUCGAUGUUUGAACAAACAUUGAUGGAUGGAUAAAUGGAUGGAUGGGUGUCGGUGUGUUUUGUCUCAUGUCCGUGUUGUGUUGGUGUGCCGGUGUGUGUGACCGGAGAGAAGACGAGACGAAUCAGACGGACGUGCCGGGCGGGCAGGGCAGCGCAGGGCAGGGCAGGGCAGGCUGGCAGCUGCUUGUUGACCUGAUCGAUCCAAAUAUCCCCUCCUUCUUUUUUUCUGCCGCAGCCCGCCCCGCCAAGCCCCGCCCCGUCCUGUCGCGUCCCGUCCUCUCUCCUGUCCCCCCUGGCUCUCGCAUCGGUUGCAUGAUAUGACAUUGACCAUGGAUGGAUGGACGGACGGAUGCACAGACGGGCACAAAAUCAGACAAACAGACAGUGACCCCGCCCCUUCCCUCUCCCCUCCCCCACUUUUUCUGCCUGCCUGCCUGCCUGUCCGCCUUGUCGUUGUGGUUGUGCUUGUUGUUUGAAAGCUUCACGGUUGGCCACGGGUGCAUGCAUGUGUGCAUGGGGUACUUACAUGGGUGGGGUGGUUUAGUUGCCGACACAUACUAACAUAUCUUAACACACACACGGAUGGAUCUUGAUAGGGGGCUGGGCGGGGCGGGGCGGGGCGGCGGGGAGUGGAGGGUGGCUUUUGAUUGAUUGAGUGAGUGAGUGCGUGAGUGAGCGAUAGAGUGAGGGAGGUUGAAGCGGGCAGGUCAGCGUGCAACCGCAUGAAUGCCCGAAUGCAUAAAUGUCCGCCACCCACCCAUUCGUACGCGCCUGCGUGUCCGUGCGAGCGUCCGUGUGGCGGGCGAGGAAGGUGCCUUUGCUGCCUGCCUGCCAGGUGUUGUGUUGGGAGGGACCGGAGAGUUGGUUGGUUGGGUGGGUGGGUGUAUCGUACCUGUCUGGUCGGCUGGCUGAUCAGACGCCGCUCGCAGGUGAGGAUAAUAUCAAUCAAUCGAGACACUGCUGAGGCGCAGCAUACCAUACCUGAUGGUGGUUUUACCGUCGGCCCUGUCGUCAGCUCAGCCCUCUCGUGCUGUGGUCUGUCUACGUAUGUGUCGGUUCCCCCUCCCUCCCCCUCUGCGGCGCCAAAGCGCGCCGGCCGACACAGACAGACAGACAGACAGAGACACCCAGACAGUGAACGAGACAGACAGACAGACAGUGGCCACACGUGCAAGGCGCCUCGGUGGGUGGGGUGGGUGGUGGGUUGUUUUGGAUGAUGGAAGUUUGUGUGGUGGUUGCCUUCUUUCUUGUGUGUGCAUUUGGCGUUUUCGGCGAGCCUCUUAAGCUUGGACGCUCGUUGGUCGACCCUUGGUUGUAGCUUUUCUUACAUGGAAUCUAGAACAUUAGAUAGACAUAGAUAACUGUAUGUAUGUAUGUGGAUGGAUGGAACCGGCAUUUUUUCGCUUUUUCUCUCCUCUGUCUGUCUGCGUGUCUGUCUGUCUGCGUUUUUCCCUCAGAUAGAUGGGUUGAUGGGAUGGAUGUGUGUAUACAACACAGGACAUACAGCCAUGUGCAUAUAGACAGCUACACUACAGAUGGGCGGGGCGGGCAUGUGGGUGGUUGUUGCGGGCGCCAAAGGCGAGCUUCGAUGGAUGGAUGGACGGACGGAUAGGUGGGUGGAUGGGUGGGUGGAUGAGUUCGUACCAAUGAUCGGUGCCUGCCUGCCUGCAUGGCAUGGGUGUGGAGAGAAGUGCAUCAUGCGCUGCGUACGUACAUGGCAUGCGUACAUACAUACAUACAUACGGAUGCCCACACGUACAUACGUACGUACAUACGCAGACUCACUAGUAGCGACUGACUGACUGACUGACCGACUGACUGCACCGCUUCUCUCCCCCACUCUCCUCUCCUUGCACUCGCUCCCUCCCUCCCUGCCUGCCUGCCUGUCUGUCUGCCUUACCGCACGUGACGUGACACGAAGACGCUGGACGUACGUGUGUGUGUGUGUAUACGUACGUGCGUAUCGACAUGACAUAUGUCAGUCAACCAUGACAGUCUUUCGCU